AAAUAAUUAAAUUAUAUCUCAUAUUUGCUUGAAAAACCCGAAUUAAAAAAGGAAUUCGUAACAAACCUUAGAGAGAAAUUCCUAAGCUACAAAUACAAAGAGAAAUAGCAGGGUAAUUUCGUAAAAUGAAACUAUAAAAAAAAUAUAAAUAAAUAAAAAACAGAGCACAAAUACCCCAACAUAAAAAAAGAGGAGAGAGAGUGAGAAGAGAAGAAGAUCCCCUCCCUCUUGUUCUUCUUCGUGUUUAGAGAGAGAAAAAAACCCUUAGAGAGAAACCGGCGAGAAGAAGAAAAGGAAUUUACUUUUCUUCCUUCUUCUACCUUCGAUUCGAUUCGAUCCUCAUUCAAUCUGUUCAUCUUUCCCCUUUAAUUUUUAAACCCUAAUUUUAAUCUUCCCCCAAUUUCAUACCAAAUUUUUAUUUUUAUUUUUUGAUCGUUUAAGUUAACUCGUUGGCAUAAACCGAGUGAUACCCAAUACCCAGAAAAACCAAAAAAAAAAAAAAAAACCCUAAUUUGGAAUUUUCUUGGUUUUGAUGGCAGCGACAGCUAACAGCAAUCCUUCUCCUUCUCUCUCCUCUUCCUCCGCCGCCAUAUCGCCGAGUUCGACUCGGGCCGUGUUACCUCCGUGGUCCGGUGGCGUUCGACGCCCGGAAUCUGAGUCAACCGGAGCUCCAAAGUCGCCGGUGGAAACAGGUGAGAGGAGUUUUUCAUCGGCGCCGGAGAUUCCGGCGGAGAACUCCGAGAAUGGGGGCAAUGCGGGUGGUAAAAGGCCCGCUUGGAAUAAGAAACCGUCUAAUGGACCCGUUGAGAAUGGUGGGCCUGGCCCAGUUGUGAUGGGCUCUUCUGCCGCUUGGCCCACUCUCUCUGAGACCAAAAACAAAGCUCCUCCUAAGCUUUCUUCUUCUGAUUCCUCCAAAAGUCUUCCUGAUUCUGGAUCGGUUUCUUCUCCUCAGGUAAUUGCAUCCGAAUCAUCAUCGUUGUCAAUAGCUCCACCAGUACAGUCGUUGCCACAAUCUUCAUCAGCUUCUCCAAAGCCUACAACUAGUAGUUUGAGCCAUAACUCUAUGCCAAACCAUGGACGUCCAGCGCGCCAAAAAUCAAUGAAGCGGGAUAGUGGGGGAAACUCACAAGCUAAUGGCGGUUUUUCUCAUCAACCUUCAUCUGCUGUGGAAGGUUCACACAAUCAUAAUCAUAACUCCUCAAAACCUACUUCUGGUGGUGCUUCUGACAGUUCUGGCAGAGACAACAUUCAAAACCAUGGUCACCGAGAUCCGGGAUCACGGAAUGCUAGUGGGGAUCAUCCUCAGCCGCGCAACUCAUACAGGAGGGGGGGUGGUGGGUCCCAUUCACGAGGAGAUGGUUCACAUCAGAAUUAUGGGGGGAGACGCGACGAUCAGGAUCGUGGGAAUCAUGAUUGGAACCAUCAGAGGAGUUUUAAUGGGAGGGAUUCUACCAUGCAACCAAGAGUCUCUCCUAGAGGAUUUGUGAGAACCCAGCCUGUUCCUCCUCCUUUUGUUCACACUCCACCUAUGCGACCUUAUAUGAAUCCUAUGGGGGUUGAGCUCCCUUUGUAUUAUGUCCCUGGCAGUGUGCCUUUUGUUGCACCUGCACCUGUGUAUAUUCAUGCUGCUCCAGAUCCUCAGUUGCAUACUAAGAUAGUGAAUCAGAUAGAUUACUAUUUCAGCAAUGAGAAUUUAAUCAAAGACACAUUUCUGCGGAAACAAAUGGAUUCACAGGGUUGGGUUAAUGUUGGAUUGAUUGCUGGUUUUAAAAAAGUCAAGGAGUUGACAGAAAAUGUUCAGCACAUAUUGGAUGCUGUGAGGUCUUCGACUGUUAUUGAAGUGCAGGGUGAAAAAAUCAGAAAACGUGAUGAUUGGGUAAGAUGGAUUAUUCCAACAACUUUGCAGGAUUCAACUGCAUCUGGAUCGCAAUCUCCUAAUUCUCCAACUACUGCUACACUGCCAGCUCAGUUUCAAAAUCUUAAAGUAGAUGAGAAGACCAUUGAUCAGAAUCAUUCUAAGGCUCAGCUAGAUGUUAACGCUGCUACAAUCUUUAGAUCAUCCUCUGGGGAUUUGCAUAGCCCGUCAAAGUCUGUUAAGGAUGGAGCAAGCUCAAGUGGAUGUUGAUCAACUGGAUCCAGCCUUUAUUUCAGGCGAGGAUCAUGCUGAUUAUAUUUGAUCCGGAAACACCAUGUGGAAUGUAGGAACAGGGGAUGAAUGACCUUGGUGAGUAUAAUCCAUUUAUUCUGGAUCAUGACUUGCAAUUACACCAUGUUUUGCAAAGCAGAUAUAUUAAACUAUAAAACUCAAAAAAAAAAAAAAAAAAAAAAAAAAAAAAAAAAAAAAAAAAAACCAAAAAAAAAAAAAACAAAAAAAAAAAAAAUAAAAAUAGAAAAAAUAGAAAAACAAAAAGAUUGAGAGAUACAACCAACAAGAUAGACUGCGGAAGAAGAAUCCUAAAAAAUUUUGUUUUUUUUUUUCCUUCUCUUUGUUUCCCCCCCUUUUGUGUGUAUGUAAUAUCUUGACCUUGUGGCAGGAGUUUAUGGGUCUUUUUGUUUUUUUUUUUUUUUUUUUGGGAUGUGAUUAUGGUAAAAUCAGUUUUGCCUUCAUCUGUGUUGAUUCUGGUGCCUCAGUAAUUUGUUUGGGGAAUUUUGAUUUCAUGUCCCUCUGCCCCUCAGCCUGUUUUUAUCAUAAUCUUUGGGGCUAUUGAGAAGUUAACUACUGAAAUGUCAUCGAUGGAUGAGUCUUGUACAUUGUUGAGGAUGACAAAGGUGGUGAGUUUAUCUGAAGCUGCUGAUCGUGCAUCGCUCCUGCCAUUUAACUUUACUCUGGUGUUUGAAAGUCUCUUGUCUCUUAUAUAUACUGUGUCGUAUUUAGUUUAUACUGUGCAGUGCUAACACUGCAAAGACUUGCACUCUCUUGGUGAGAGAAGUGUUCUAGGUUAGAGUUUGUUAUGUUCAGAACUUCAUUUGAAACUAGAUGUUAGCAAACGUAUGGAUUUGAUGUUGGUAUUGACUUGAAUUUUUAUCUAUUAUUGUUAGAUUAGUGGUAAA